GCCUCCUGUGGAGUAACUGUAACUGGCGAACGCAUUUUAUUCCUCAGUGAGAUCUUGGGAGUAGAAACAAACAGUAACAUUCUCCUCAUAUGAGAUUCUUUUCAAGAAUAUAGUAGUUUGGCUUUGGUUUGUAUUGAUGGUGAGAGGGCGGAGGUGUGUGGCAAAAACUUGCGGAUGAAUCAUGACCUUGUCUUUACCAGUUUGUUUUCUUUCCCAAACCCUCAAGAGGAAGUCCUCCGUUGAACACGGACAUUAAAAUUCUAAGCACCACAGUUAAUCUGGAUCAUAAACAACCAAAUGAAUGGAAGCAACUGUGGUCUUGGUAAGUCCAGGAACGUUUGGUGAGUAGCUCAUCUAGAAAGGGGACCUGUCAUGAGCUAAGUUAAAAGAAGUAUUUAGCUGUACUUCAAACCCCUCCUCCAACACCACCGAUUGAAAAGAGAAGUGCAAAAUGGAAUAAACUGAUUUUAAAUUACCUGUGAGCUUACAUUACUAAAACAUCAAACUAUGCAGAAAAACUCCAAGAAGAGCAGUAAUUCAAGAGUUUCUGACAUAGAAUUGAACUCUGUGGAUGCUGAGAAGGAAAACAAGGAGAGUCUAAAUAACUUGUUUGAACUGCUGCCUAGAGAAAUUUCUUUACAAAUUUUCAGUCUGCUGGAUGUUCAGAGUCUGUGCCGGGCUUCAAUGACAUGCAGGAGCUGGAACUGCACAAUAACAAAAAAUGACUUUUUAUGGGAACCUCAUUGCUUGGCUAUAAGAGCUGUGUGCAAAAGAGAAAUAGAUGAUGAUCGAAAAAGUGGUUAUUCCUGGAUGGACACACUACAGAGGAAUUACCAGAAGAGUAAAGUGAAAUUCAAUUGGCUAAGUGGCAGAUACAGCAACUUAUCUUCUUCUGUUAGCCUACCAGAAAAAAUCAUGUACCCGAUGGAUGCUGAAACAUGGGGAGAAAUUCUAGAAGCAGAGCUGAAAAGAUAUGCAGAAAAAUCACGAACAGAUCUCAUAACUUAGUUUAAAACUAAAAUAACUCUUAGGGUGCAAAAGGUAUAUUUUUACUCACCUUUUGUUCACCUUUUUGAAUAUUUAAUAUCUAAAAUAAGUAGAAAAUAUUAUAAAAGAAAAGCUUUGUUUUUAUUUGGCACUU